CCUUCGUCCGCUGCCUGGGUGCCGCCGGCGUCGCCGCCGAGGAAGCUGCUGUGGCCCCGACGGGAGCGGAGGCGGCGCGGCAUGAAGCGGCGUAGGCCCGCUCCAUAGCGCGUCGGACGGUCCGGGCGGGCCCGGGGGAAGGAUUGGAUGGUGAAAAAAGGAAAGAUUCCUGUGAGAAGAGAGCAGGAUGAACGAAGAGAUCUGUGCUUAAAGUUGGGCCAGGUGAAAAUGAUCUCUUUGAAAGUAGAAGAGAUCUGAGCAGAUGAAAAUACAAUCAGGAAAAUGCAACAUGGCAGCAGCAAUGGAAACAGAACAGCUGGGUGUUGAGAUAUUUGAAACUGCAGAGUGUGAGGAGGGAACUAUAGAAUCUCAGGACCGACCUAAACUGGAGCCAUUUUAUGUAGAGCGAUAUUCUUGGAGUCAGCUGAAAAAGCUGCUUGCUGAUACCAGAAAAUACCAUGGCUACAUGAUGGCCAAGGCGCCACAUGACUUCAUGUUUGUGAAGAGGACGGAUCCAGAUGGACCUCACUCAGACAGGGUCUAUUAUCUUGCCAUGUCUGGUGAGAACAGAGAAAAUACACUGUUUUAUUCUGAAAUCCCUAAAACCAUCAACAGAGCAGCAGUCUUAAUGCUUUCUUGGAAGCCUCUUUUGGAUCUUUUUCAGGCGACAUUAGACUAUGGGAUGUAUUCUCGAGAGGAAGAGCUGCUCAGAGAAAGAAAGCGCAUCGGAACUGUGGGAAUCGCAGCUUAUGACUAUCACCCAGAAAGUGGAACAUUCCUAUUUCAAGCCGGUAGUGGAAUUUACCAUAUCAAAGAUGGAGGACCGAAUGGGUUUACACAACAACCUUUACGGCCUAAUUUGGUGGAAACCAGUUGUCCCAAUAUACGAAUGGAUCCAAAAUUAUGCCCUGCUGAUCCAGACUGGAUAGCUUUCAUUCACAGCAACGAUAUCUGGAUCUCGAACCUCAUAACCAGAGAAGAACGGAGGAUCACCUAUGUGCACAAUGAGCUAGCCAACAUGGAAGAGGAUCCCAGAUCAGCUGGAGUUGCUACUUUUGUUCUUCAAGAAGAAUUUGAUCGCUAUUCUGGCUAUUGGUGGUGUCCACAAGCUGAAAGAACUCCUAGUGGAGGUAAAAUUCUGAGAAUCCUCUAUGAAGAAAAUGAUGAAUCUGAGGUGGAAAUUAUUCAUGUAACGUCCCCCAUGCUGGAAACAAGGAGGGCAGACUCGUUCCGUUACCCUAAAACAGGCACAGCAAACCCAAAGGUCACUUUCAAGAUGUCAGAGAUACUUGUUGAUGCUGAAGGAGGGGUUAUAGAUGUCAUAGAUAAAGAACUGGUUCAACCUUUUGAGAUUCUGUUUGAAGGAGUUGAAUAUAUUGCCAGAGCUGGAUGGACUCCAGAAGGAAAAUAUGCCUGGUCCAUCCUGCUGGAUCGCUCCCAGACUCACCUGCAGAUAGUUCUGAUGCCCCCUGAGUUAUUCAUCCCUGUAGAAGACGAUGCUAUGGACAGACAGAGACUUGUUGAGUCAGUUCCUGACUCUGUGACACCACUGGUCAUCUAUGAAGAAACAACAGACAUCUGGAUAAAUAUCCACGAUAUCUUUCAUGUUUUCCCUCAAACUCAUGAAGAUGAAAUUGAGUUUAUUUUUGCCUCUGAAUGCAAAACAGGUUUUCGGCAUUUGUAUAAAAUCACAUCCAUUUUAAAGGAGAGCAAAUAUAAACGAUCCGGUGGUGGACUGCCUGCCCCAGGUGAUUUCAAGUGUCCUAUCAAAGAGGAAAUAGCAAUUACCAGUGGUGAAUGGGAAGUACUUGGCCGGCAUGGAUCCAAUAUCUGGGUUGAUGAAGCCAGAAAGCUGGUGUACUUUGAAGGCACCAAAGACUCUCCUUUGGAGCAUCACCUGUAUGUGAGCAGUUACGCAAACCCUGGUGAAGUGGUGAGGCUGACUGACCGCGGCUACUCACACUCCUGCUGCCUCAGCCAGCAUUGUGACUUCUUUAUAAGUAAGUACAGCAACCAGAAGAAUCCGCACUGCGUGUCCCUCUACAAACUCUCAAGUCCUGAAGAUGACCCAGUUCAUAAAACAAAGGAAUUUUGGGCCACCAUUUUGGAUUCAGCAGGUCCUCUUCCUGACUACACCCCUCCAGAAAUUUUUUCUUUUGAAAGUACUACUGGAUUUACACUGUAUGGAAUGCUGUAUAAGCCUCAUGACCUGCAGCCUGGAAAGAAGUACCCCACUGUGCUCUUCAUAUAUGGUGGUCCCCAGGUGCAGCUGGUAAACAAUCGGUUUAAAGGAGUCAAGUAUUUCCGCCUCAACACCCUGGCCUCCUUGGGUUAUGUGGUUGUGGUAAUAGACAACAGGGGAUCCUGUCACCGAGGACUUAAAUUUGAAGGCGCCUUUAAAUAUAAAAUGGGUCAAAUAGAAAUUGAUGACCAAGUGGAAGGACUCCAGUACCUAGCGUCUCAGUAUGACUUCAUUGACUUGGAUCGUGUGGGCAUCCACGGCUGGUCCUAUGGAGGCUACCUCUCCCUGAUGGCAUUAAUGCAGAGGUCCGAUAUCUUCCGGGUUGCUAUUGCUGGGGCCCCAGUCACUCUGUGGAUCUUCUAUGAUACAGGAUACACGGAGCGCUAUAUGGGUCACCCUGACCAGAAUGAACAGGGCUAUUACUUAGGAUCUGUGGCCAUGCAAGCGGAGAAGUUUCCCUCAGAGCCAAACCGCUUACUCCUCCUACAUGGGUUCUUGGAUGAGAAUGUUCAUUUUGCACACACCAGUAUAUUGCUGAGUUUUUUAGUGAGGGCUGGAAAGCCGUAUGACUUACAGAUCUACCCUCAGGAGAGGCACAGCAUCAGAGUUCCUGAGUCUGGAGAGCACUAUGAACUGCACCUGUUGCACUACCUUCAGGAGAACCUGGGAUCCCGUAUUGCUGCCCUGAAAGUGAUAUAACUCGGACUUGCGUAGAACUCACUGUACAUUGUGUAAUCAAACAAGGAGGGUUAGUCAAUAGAGAAGCCAGAGUUGAUGAUCCUACUUUGGUACCUGCCACGUAAGAUCUACUUCUGAAAGUAAAUUUGGUGCCAUGCAGAAAUCUGCAGUUCAUGGAUAGUGAUCUAAUACCUUUACCAUGUACACAGAACUGAGUGCCGUGUUUCCAAGAGAUUCAGCAGUGCCGUAGGAUUCUGAAAGAAGCAAGGCAUCAGCACACAUGUUCAUGCUAGCCUGUUUUCACUUUUACUAGCAGAGUGAGCCUCUUGGACUUACCUAGUGGAUUUUACAGUAUACUUCUGAGUUUGUUAAGAUAUGAUGAUGUAGUGAUUGCUUUGGUUCCAUUCCAGGAUCUCUGAUAGUUACGGAUUCGAUAGCACUUAAGUCUAACUGAAUAACUUAUGCUUCGUCACUUGGGGUGUAUCCAGCAUGUCAUGAACUAAUUACUAUUAAGCUUAUGACUUUCCCAGUCAUUAAUGAUUUUUCAAGGAUAACUUAGUGGCCUCCUAAAGAUACUUACUUGGGCUCUGACCAGUUUUUAACCAAUUUAAAUGGCAUCUAGUAUAAGUAAUUCUCCUUUUCUUUGAUGGUAUGAUGGAGUGGAGUUUCCUUUCGCAUAAAGGCAAGUAACUAUAGCAUGAGUUUAUCACAAGUCUCAAUGUUGACAGUUACAGGCAAAAAAAAAUUUUUAAUCAAAUUAUUUGAGAGCUUGAAAAUUAGCAGGCAAGUUUUUUCUCCUUUUAGGAACAGAAAAUGUAUACAUUCACAUAUAUUCUGAAAAUAUAAUGGUGCCGUUUCCAUUUUACCUUUCCUUAAUUAAAGUAUUCCAGAGUUUCCAGGAGGUAGAAGGAUUACAGAGGGAAGGGCGAGACCCUGGUGCAGGGGGCGAUGGGAAAAGGAGGGAGCAAGACUCUGCUUAAGAACUGAGCAGAAAUAGUUGAGCAGAAAUACUCAUGAGAAAAACCAGGGUAAAUGUAACUUUCCCAGUGGCUAAGAACCAGAGCCGGAAAGUCGGGCUUUGCCAGCACAGCUGCAGGGACAGUUACUUUUAUAAUUCUAGCUUUUUGUUAUUUUUCUUUUUAGCUUUAGAAACCUUACAGAUCUAAACUUUAACUUUUUUUAUUUGAAUGUAAUUUAGAUAUCACUAGCUUAAAAUAAAAUGGUUUCCAGAUCACUUCUUUGCCGUGCACGAGUCCCUGCCAAACCAUGGCACUCUUUGUGUGGAAAGCCUAUCAGUAGUUUUGUUACUAGGCCAUGACAUUCUCCUGGUUUAGCCUUUCUGCUCAACUAGGAAGGGACCGCAUGAGCUUUCAAGUGCUGGUUGUCACCUUCCCUUUAAGGCCUUCCAGGAUUAGAUGGGAGCCAGGCACCUGUAGGUUUAACCCUUUUAAAUCACAAACGUCAGUGUUUAGAGUUACCAUGAUUUAAAAAUCACUCCAGGAAAACUCGCUGUGUUUCUUUUACACUGCCACAUCAGGUCCCUUCCUAAGAGAGCACAGUGAGGAUGGGGACUGAGAGAGGUGGGUGGCUUGGGCAUCCUGGGAAUGCUGGUGCCUGUAGGCUCCUUUCUGUCCCUUUGACUUUGCCAGCUGUGUACUUAUGCUAUAUGAUAGAUUUCACACUUUUUCUUAUUGUCUAUUUUGACUUUCAUGCUUAUGACAUUUUCUUGUGCCAAAAUUUGUUUAUAUUUUUCAAGUUAAAUUAAACUGAUUUGAGUAACUUUCCUUCCCCAACAAAGUAUUUCCCUCAUGAGUUAAGUAUUUCUCUUGACUGUUGAGGGUGGCAUUUGCCAGACCAGCUAGCCUGCAAGGGCUGCUGCUUACAUUCUAGGUAGGGGUGACUUUAAGUAGCUCCCAGCCACCCAUUUGAGACCUCUCACCCUCAUGUGUGCUUUGAAUGAGGCAUUCCUUGUUUGAUGCCAACAAUCCUUGGAAAAUCUCACUUACCCUAGAUUCUUCUGCCUCUCUCCGGCUGUAACAGGAGUACAUUUGACAACUGUCAUUUAGAUGCUGUCCUUCUCUAAAGGGGAAGGUGCUUGACUCACAUGCAGAAGCUGGCUUGUCAGCACCAGUGUGAAAAGCAUCCAUCAGUUGGAGCAAUCAGAAACUGUUCUAACCGUUUGUCCUCUGACUUGAUGUCAGUGAAAGGGCAAGAGUCCGUGAAAGUUCAAGGUUGAUGGGAGCCAGAAAGCACUCUUGUUCCUCACCAAAGUGGGGUUUUCACAGGUUUGGUGACAAGUGCCCUCCAGCAGCAGGUAAAGGUACUCGAUGUGCAGAGCAGCAGGACGCUAAGGUUCAUCCAGGACCUGAGCACAGGAAAUGGAGAUGUGAACCUGCUCUCAGAGGCGUGUGCCCAUCAGUUUGGGUGGAAACCAGGAGUGUAAUUUCCAGCACUGCACUUCCUGGCGCUUCUAGUCAGGUCUGCGGGCUGCUUUUGUAAACUUCCUGUAAAGAAUGCAGUUGCCGUCAGAGAACAGGUGACUUAUAUACGGCGGGUGGUUGUUAAAACCCAAAACAAGGCCUGAAAUUUUACUUGGGGAUAAUGGCUUUAUCUGUCCCUGGCUCUUCCAAAGCCUCAUCCAGGAAGGUACAGCCACGAUGCACAAUUGUCCCUUUCAAACCUGUGAGCUGAGGAAGGGGGGAGGUAUGCUUUUGUUGAGGUGUUUCCUGCCUUUACCAUCCAGUUCUCUCUGCAGGUGGGAUGAUUCCAGUCAAAGCUCACGUUGUUACAGAACCGUGAAUUUUCCAGCUGGAACAGAUCUUUAACAUAACCCAGUGUUCUCAUUUGCUAGGGGGAAAGCCUGUGUUCUAGAGAGAAAGAAACACACCCAGGACCCCACAGUCAGUACGCAGAACCAGGCUCUAUGUGUGCCCUGCUUCAUGGUAGUUAUGUGAUAUUUAAGAAAGGUAGGGUUUUUAAAGAUUUAUUAAUGUAUUCUUAUAAAACAUCUUAAAGGAAACCACAUUAAACAUGGUUAAUUUUUCCUUUCUAAGUAAAUGCUAAGCAUGCUUAUUAAUAAAGCAGACUGAUGAGUAUGCGACAUUCUGAAGUUAAUUGAAAUCAUUAUACUGAAUGUCUUCUGGUGUCAUGGGAGAUAGCGACAGAGUGCUUGCAUAAGCCCAGGGUCCAGCUUACAGCUUACCUGAUGUGAGGCCAGAGCCUCGGCCAGGUCUAAACCAUGGAAUGUGAGAGUGUCCUUGCCCAGCAGGUGGAAGGGAACUGGAAAAGCCCCAUUCAGCCUUCCCAGCCCCCCCACACACACACAACCACACUGACCUUUAGUGCAAGGAAGAUGCUCUCAGCUCUGGAGUUGUUCCGGAAGUCCCUUGCAGACACAAAAGCUGUGUUUGUAUGUUCAGUUUUAAAUAACCAUAAUACAAAUUUAUGUUGUUUUCAGCAAAGUUGGAAUUAGGGGGGUCUCUAAGUUUAGUGCGUCAAGUGCCUGCUGUUUCAGCACUGGCCUGUACAUGACUUGCAUGUCUCCCUCCAGUAAGCGAAUGGGUCUCCUCAUUUUCAGCCCCGUGGCUUUUAAUUGUGUGAUGUGAAGCAUUAGUUCUGCUGCAUUUUAUUACAGGUUCUUGGUUGCAAUAAAGAUGCUGCUGAAAUUAA